AAGAAAGCAAAGGGGCGGAGAGGGGAUUGAGCGCAGCUGCAUUCCUGACAGAGAGAGAGGGGUCGCGAGCCAGUCGCUUUAUGAUUAUUACAAAAACCCGCUGUCACUCUCUCGCAGUUCUGCUCAUGUGCGCCGCGUACCGAGCAGCGCAAGUCUUCACGUGCUUGUUGAGGCAGUGCUGCUUCCUUCCAAGUUUUGGACACACUACUGAAACAUCCGGAGUUUGCUCGUCGCUUUUACUAGGAGUAGUCAAUCUGUCUACCCAGGAGCAAGUUCCGCAGCGAACAUGUACAAAUAUGUACAGUAUGGAUUUUAGGAGGACGAAGCUCGGCAGGUUUAUGAACAACCGAGUCCCAUCUAGCAAGAGAUACCAGCCAACUGAGUAUGAGCAUGCAGCCAACUGUGCCACUCAUGGAUUCAUCAUGUCCACCAUGUUCCAUACGGUGUCCUGGAAGAAAAGCCAUCUCAGGAAGGUGGAGCAGCGAUUCCACAUGUGCGACAGGAUGGUGAUAUAUUUCUUUAUAGCUGCAUCUUAUGCACCCUGGCUGAACCUGAGGGAACUAGGACCCUGGGCUGUGCACAUGCGCUGGUUGGUGUGGAUCAUGGCUUGCGCUGGCUCUGCCUAUGUCUUCUUCUUUCAUGAGAAGAACAAGAUACUAGACUUACUGUGCUACACUGCCAUGGGAGCUGUUCCUGCAGUUGUUCUUCUGUCAGUGCCUAACAGAGAGGGCAUAUUAGAGCUGUCAGUGGGUGGAGUCUUCUACUGCCUGGGAAUUGUCUUCUUCAAGAGUGAUGGCCUCAUCCCAUUCGCUCAUGCCAUCUGGCACGUCUUUGUGGCAGUGGGGGCAGGCAUACACUAUUACGCCAUCUGGAGGUACUUGUAUGCAACGGGGACCGGCCAAAUCAAAAUAUCCAGGUGACAGAUGAAGAAGAUCUCAAGUGUGUUCACACAUACAGGGUUUGUUGAGCUAUAAAAGACAAUGUAUUUGAUCCUGAGCUGCCUUUGCAUCCCUCUAUAUUAAUCAUAGACGGGCAUGUUUUAGUACUGUUGGUCUAAAAUGUAUUUUUAUAUAGAAGGAUUUCUGUCCUGAUAACUCAGCACCUUCUGGCCAGUCUAUUUUUGCAGAUAUAGUCUUAACCUGUUGACAUAAUGUACUGUUUCACCUGUCAGUGUUUACAGGCAAAAUGUGUAUCAUACAGAAGACAUGAAUAACAUUCCACAUCCUUUAACUGAGCUAUCUACUGCCUUGAUAUGAACUCCCAUAAUCAGACUGUGCUUAUGAAAGUAAUUUAUUGACAUUUAUUGGCAUUGAGCAGAAUAAUUAUUUCCAGGUAUAAUUUCUAUACUACUGUGAUCUUGUAGUAAUGUAUAUGUACAAAAAUGUUAGAAAUGACUUUUUAAUUGUUGCAUAAUGGAUCAUGAUGGAUCAUUUCUAUGGGGUUGUGAUAAUGUUUAGGUGGAAAGCUAGAGGGGAUGACAUGAUUUACACUACCGGUCAAAUGUUUGGAAUAAUUACUUUAUGUUUUCGAAAGAAGUCUCUUA